UGCGAGUUCGUAGUCGAAGAUAGUACGUUACCGCCCGAUUAUCGAUACGUAGGUAGAGACCGGCGGCGGAUCCGAGAACAUCUCAGGGUCAAGCAUGGCUGGGACUUGGGACUUAAGGGUGGACGUCGCUCUACUACCACGGCGGAGGAGGAACGAAGUAUU